GACAGGUAACCCAGGGCCCAUUGGCAACUCCAGGUACCCAGGAAGGAGCUCCAUUCCCACACCCGCACUCCCGUGAUGGUUGCCGGAGCUGCUACCAGGCGAAGUCCCUCUUGGGACUUCAAAACAUGACCUGCAUUACAGAAGGGAAGCGGAGGUUAACACCACACUUGAGGAGUUGUUACUCUACUUUAUUUUUUUAAUAAAUCUAUGCAUAUUGACAUUUGGGACAGUCAAUCCACAUAUGUACUACUUAAACAAAGUUAUGUCAUCUCUGUUUGUGGACACGUCUCUACCUGAUGACGAAAGAAGCAGCUUUAGGUCCAUUCGGAGCAUAACUGAGUUUUGGAAGUUCAUGGAAGGGCCGCUCCUGGACGGCUUGUACUGGGACUCGUGGUACGGCAACAAACAGCUGUACAAUGUGAAGAACAGCAGCCGCAUCUACUACGAGAACAUUCUUCUCGGCGUCCCCAGAGUGCGGCAGCUGCGAGUCCGAAACAACACUUGCACGGUCUACCCAGCGUUCCAGUCCCUGGUCAGCGACUGUUACAACAAGUACACAGCUGAAAGCGAAGACUUCUCUGACUUUGGCCUCAAACGCGCUCCAGAAUGGACGCACUCGGCUUCUUCCCGCAUUGCCCCAUGGCACUGGGGGUUUGUCGGUGUGUACCGAGAUGGAGGAUAUAUAGUCAGAUUGUCAAAAUCAAAAUCUGAAACCAAAGCCAAAUUUGUUAACCUGCGACUGAACAACUGGAUUAGCAGAGGGACCAGGGCUGUUUUCAUUGAUUUUUCACUGUACAAUGCUAAUGUCAACCUGUUUUGCAUCAUCAGGCUGUUGGCGGAGUUCCCUGCAACGGGUGGGCUCCUCACCUCCUGGCAAUUCUACUCUGUGAAGCUCCUCAGAUACGUCUCCUACUAUGAUUACUUCAUUGCUUCCUGUGAAAUCAUAUUUUGUAUUUUUCUUUUUGUCUUCAUAAUACAAGAACUGAGAAAAGUGAAUGAGUUUAAGUCUGCCUAUUUCAGAAGUGUCUGGAACUGGCUAGAAAUGCUGCUUCUGGUGCUCUGUUUUCUUGCCGUGAUUUUCUACGCGUACUGUAACAUGCAGAGCUUUCUCUUACUCGGACAGCUGUUAAAAAACACUGAAAGCUAUCCGGACUUUUAUUUUCUCGCAUACUGGCACAUUUACUAUAACAAUGUAACUGCGAUCACUGUCUUCUUUGCAUGGAUAAAGAUAUUCAAGUUCAUAAGCUUCAACGAGACGAUGUCUCAGCUGUCGUCCACACUCUCCCGCUGCAUGAAGGACAUCGUGGGGUUCGCCAUCAUGUUCUUCAUCAUAUUCUCUGCUUACGCCCAGUUGGCAUUUCUUGUUUUUGGGUCACAGGUUGAUGACUUUUCCACUUUCCAAAAUUCCAUAUUUGCACAAUUUCGAAUUGUCCUCGGGGACUUUAACUUUGCCGGCAUCCAGCAGGCCAACUGGAUCUUGGGACCCAUCUACUUCAUCACAUUCAUCUUCUUUGUGUUCUUUGUGCUUCUGAACAUGUUCUUGGCAAUAAUAAAUGACACCUAUUCUGAAGUGAAGGCUGAUUAUUCAAUAGGCAGAAGACCAGAUUUUGAACUUGGUAAAAUAAUUAAAAAGAGUUGCUUUAAUGUUCUCGAGAAACUCAGACUCAAGAAAGCUCAAGAUAGUGAAGACAAGAAAAUCAGGAAAGCCACUGGAGACUUGGCCCAGCGAGCAAGAACAGAAGGCUUUGAUGAAAGUGAGAUCCAAGAGGCAGAGAAGAUGAAAAGGUGGAAAGAAAGCCUUGAAAAAAAGUAUUAUUCUACAGAAAUUCAAGAUGAUUACCAGCCUGUCACUCAGCAGGAAUUCCGAGAACUCUUUUUAUAUGCUGUGGAGCUUGAGAAGGAAUUACACCACGUCAGCUUAAAACUGAACCAAGUGAUGAGAAAGCUACACUAGCAGGCUGACAAGCGGAGAUGCAUAUGAAGGGACCUGCAUGCUCACCCGAUGUGGGAAGGAUCUGCGGUAAUGUGGAACAGCUUUCCUUGCCCUACUAGAACCACAAACAAGGACACAAUGGGAUUCUCUGAGUGCCUGACAAAGUGAACACAAGUACGAGCCAAGUACACAUGGUGAACUGUCAGGGAACACAAUCACUUUAUGAUGUCAACUUUCAAGGAACAUAUUUUAUAUGGAUUUUGAAGAGUCUUGUUUGCUGAUAAGAACUUCAAGAAGUCUAAGCUUGGCUUUAAUUCUCUUGUAUUCCUUAUAUUCCUCAAGCAAUGGAACACGAUCCUCCUUCUGGGCAUUCCUAGGGAAGAUGAAACUCUGUAAAAUACUCAAAAGUUUGUUCCAACAUGGAGCAUAAUGUUACAAAUUUAAGCUGAAAUUAAAAGCCUCUCUGUGGGCAAGAGACUAAGUGUGGACUAAGUCACACAGAAAGAA